UUUAGAUGGUGAACCGGAAGUGUACGGAGUCACAUUGAAGCGGUUCUCUGAAAUCAGAAGCCCUUCAUUGCAUGUUCAUGUUUAGGGGGAAUUCACAUGAUCCACAUGAGAGUGCACAAGGAAUAAGACCUGGUCAUGAUUGUCUCAAGGCUAAUCCCACGGCUGAAUGUGUUCUUCAGAUUUGCUGGUUCACAUCAGUACCAUUGCAAGUCUGUACACAAUGCAAUGCCACACUGCCGUUCUGCUACAAAUCCGACACAAAGGUACUUCACAACAGACACUGACAACAAGCAGCCAACGAAACUACGGACAGUGCUCGAGUCGGAGUUAGAGGAGUUCCUCGUUCCCCGAAAACUCUCCGUUACUCCUGUAGAAAGCUGGCUUUCUCUGUGGUAUUCACUACCUCCGCUUCACGUGACUCCUGUCCCUUUAGAAGAAGGCAAGAAGAUGGAGGAGGCUGUGGGGUUGCCUCCCUCGGCUGUGCCUGUUGUGGAAGAUGGUGAGAGCUCCACACCGCUGAACUGUAAGAAUGUGCUGGAGAUCCGGCGAAGGAAGAUGAACAGACACAAAUACAAGAAGCUGCUGAAACGAACCAAGUUCCUGAGGAGGCGGAUCAAGGAGCGCAGACAGAAAAAAAAGCAGAUAAGAUUCGAGAAGGACCUUGAGAGAAUCUGGAGGCGAGCGGGACUGAAAAAAGCCCCUGAAGGAUGGACCACACCGAAAAUCUACGUCCGACAUCAAGUAAAGCGUCGCUGAUUGAUUUGCUCAAUGAAACUGUGUAAAAAUAAUAUCUAUUGAGGACUGGUCUUGCUUUUUAGAUCAUCAGCUUGGCUUUGCUAGAUUUUAGUGGAAACCUGUGACUUGCCUUCUCGUAUAUAAUAUUGUAACAGAAAUAAACAACUUUCACCACCCCAAGAA